UCACACCCAGCAAGACAGCCCCCCUCCUCCUGGCUCAUUAGGAGAUUUGAUUCGGCUUGGCUCCUGCCGUCAGCAGCUGUCUGGGGCGAGAUCUUUAUGCUCCCUGCGCAGCGACGAGCCCUCAGCCAGCAGCAGAGCUCAUUAGGAGGCCCCCCUGGACACUUGAUUUUCAGCUCAUUGGUGGCCUGAAAGAGUUAAUACUGACUUCGCUGGGUGCAGAGAGAGGCCGCUGUGGGCUGUGGGGACUUCUCUCUGAGCUGCAGCCAGAGAGGCUUCAGGUUAGCGAGGCUGAGGAGGAAGGUGCGGGCAGCGUGCCAGAGCUCCUUAACCCACAGCCUCUCUGACCAUCCAGUUGGCAAAGAACUGCAGGCCAUGAGGACCGGUCCGCGACAGUGAGAGGACGUGAAAGGGUAAAUCCCUGAGCUCCGCAGUCUUAUUUCCUGCUCUGACGUCCCUGCAAACCAGCCCAAGGGUUAAUCAUAACCGGAUGCCUGUAUGGCUGCCUUACUGAUGCCACGCAGGAACAAAGGGAUGAGGACUCGACUGGGAUGCCUGUCUCACAAGUCAGACUCCUGCAGUGAUUUCACAGCUAUCCUUCCCGACAAACCCAACCGUGCUCUCAAGAGAUUAUCCACUGAAGAGGCUACGAGGUGGGCUGAUUCCUUUGAUGUGCUUCUCUCUCAUAAGUAUGGAGUGGCUGCUUUCCGUGCCUUCCUGAAGACGGAGUUCAGUGAGGAGAACCUGGAGUUCUGGCUGGCCUGUGAGGAGUUCAAAAAGACCAGGUCGACGGCGAAGCUGGUCUCCAAGGCCCACAGGAUCUUUGAAGAGUUUGUGGAUGUGCAGGCUCCACGGGAGGUAAACAUUGACUUCCAGACCCGAGAAGCUACAAGAAAGAAUAUUCAGGAACCAUCCCUGACUUGCUUUGACCAAGCCCAGGGAAAAGUACACAGCCUCAUGGAGAAAGACUCUUAUCCCAGGUUCCUGAGGUCCAAAAUGUACUUAGAUUUGCUGUCCCAAAGCCAGAGGAGGCUCAGUUAAACCUCAGAUGGGGACUCUUGGAAAUCACCGGCUUUCCCCUCCCCUUGCUGCCAAGACCAUAUUCUAAUGUGAAAUCUCAUAGGUGUUUAAAGGGUGGCAUUUGGGGUAGGAGGCAGGGGGUGAAGAGAAAUGAAGGGCCAUUCCAAAGAGUAACCCAGCUGCCAGAGCUUGGACUUUCUUCCAUUUACCCAUAUUUGUGUUUAAGUUAGUGGUAGGACCUUGCUGGUGUUGCCCUUCUGUGGGUCAACAACUUGACCUUCAUAAUGUUUCGGGUCAUCCACUGAGAAGGCAGAUUUGCUGUGCUAGGCUAGUCUGUAAAUAAUGCAAAUGCAGUUCCCAAUGCAGAGACCAGCCCCAGGUACUGAGACCUCACAGCCUAGGAGAGAGGUCUCCGUGGAACCCCAGCCUUCUGGCACUGUCAUAUGGAAUCCUAGGUUUCUGGCAUCAUUAGCAGGUAUCCUCCACAGAGUCAGCCGUUUCUUCCAUGUCUACUGACCAGUGUGAGAACCUGUGACCACUGCCCGUCUUAGCCUAGGAAAUUUAUAGGACUUCCUUACCCUUGCAUUUCCAGAAAGACUCUUGUGGGAUUUCUUUCAUGACUAUUGAGUGGAGCUGUCGCUAAGAAAGACACAGCUUGCAAAUAUUCCUCAAUUCUACCAGGAACUUUUCUAGAAGUUUUCCAAAUGACCAGGGAAUGUAAAACCAGUAGAUUUUUGUGUAAUGGGGCUCCAUAUAACCUGUCUGUUGCUUAAUGUAUUCUCUACCCUCACCUCUCUUGACAUCACAUAUCUUUUAGAAAGACAGACAGCUUGGCAAAGGGAGGUAAAUUCCCAUAGCAUGACAGCUCUCCCAGUGCCUAAUACUUUCCCUGUUUGUCCAUCUCCCCCGUUCCAUGCAGGCCAUGUAAUUAUGAUGGGGGAGAACAGGGAGCCGGGCUGACGCUUUCUCCAGCUUGCUUCCUGGGAGCUUGCUUUCUUAGAAAGGCCCCUCUUGGCUAUUGAGAGUCAGCAUUCUUCUCAGUUGUUAGCCUUUGGGAUUGAACAUAACAUAUGCAGGUGUGGAUAAGAAGAUCACUGUGAACACUGAACCACGGAUAGCUUCCUAAAAUGCUUUCUUGUUACCCUGUGGCCACUGUUGGAAAUGUCAGGAAACUCCCUUGGAGGAUGAAUGAUGAACAGCACAGAACCUCCUCCAGCUGUGCAGGAAAAAACUGACUGCCACAAGAGCAGCGUUGAGGGGAUGAGUCCUCAGCAGAGAGGUCAGAACGUGGAAGAGGAGCCUGGAAGAGGCUGGUCUCCAGGAGACGUGAAUAACAAAGAGCAUGAUGGAGCUAUUACCGGGAAUUUCUGUCCGGUGGAUUUAGAUUCAUCGCAGAUCUACAAACCCUUCAGCUCGAAGCAAUGAAGCAGCACAAGAUUAGGCAAAGGCCUUGGAGUGCGGGUGAUGGAGAACGGGCUGAAGCACUCUCCUUUGGUGGUGUUCUGGGCGUCUUCAGAAUAUGCCGGUGUCCCUGCAUUUGCACCCCCGUCCUGUAACUUUGAGAAUCACUUUCUUCCUUGGCUACAGCCAGACAAGACCAAGAAGGCCCUCAAGUCCUACUAGUGUUAGUGCCUACUUCUCUGCUUCGGCCACUGUCGUCUGUGAGUGAGGGUUGGCACGUCUGGGUGAACUUCUGGAAAGAGAGAAAUACCUGCUUCCUGGCCCAACACUGAACAGACCUGUGGGAGUUCAUGCUUAAGAACUCCGAAGCCUCAAAUAGUGUUCCUAGUUAGGGCAGAUAGUAUCUUCCCACCCCAGUUAAAAAAAAAUCCAUUCUUAGCUAAAGCUGCCAGAGUUAAUUUAAUGAUUAAAUUAUCUAACAGGGUAUUAUAAAUAUUGUUUACAUACAAAAUGUGCAUCUGCUGCCAAUUCUACUGUUGAAAAUGAGGUGCAUAUAAAUCGGAACUACAGAGUUAUGUUCUGGGAAGGUUUUUUCACCGAUCCCAACACCCCAAGGAGGAAGGUUGGAACAAGAGUGUUGUGUGGGAUUUCAUUUGAGACCUAGAGUUUUCCUCAACUGUGAGUGGAACGAAGGUGGUCAAUGGUGGUGUCGUCGCAUCUUGGUGCCUCCCUCCCACAGUGGGGGGUAUGAAGGACCAAGCUUCAGUAUUCUAAAUUUUGUAGAUAGACAAGGGCAUGUGGGCAUACGUCUGUGUAUAGAAGAACGUGGUAGCUCUAUGUGUGGUACUCCUGUGGAACAUCUGUGUGUGUGUGUAUGUGUGUGUGUGUGACAGGUGUGGGCACUGGACUAGUGUACUCCAGACAUGAUCUUCCCACGUGGGUGGCUUUCCUCCCACCCUGUACACCCUGCUUCCCACAGAAGGCACAGAGCUCCCUGCUCUGAUGCCUACUUUUAGGCAUGUUGGUCAUGCCGACCUAGAUUUUGGUCUGUGACAAAACAAAGAGAAAUGUUUACAACAUCUAGAGCAAUAUCCAAACAUACCUCAUCCUUAACCUUCCAUGUCUCUGGGUCCCGCCCCCAUCCCAUUCUUUUUCCCUCACAAGCCUCAUCCACCUCAUGGGUGGGCAUCACUGGAGGGGCUUCCAAGUUUCACUUUUCUUUGCUCCUCAUGCUUGGCCUGCUCUGGGCUGGGGUCUCUGCAGACUCCAGGCAAGCCCAGGCAGUGGGCCGGCAGAGCUGUGGCUCUGAGCUCCUCUCUCCAUCUCUGGGUGGCGUUUUGGUUCCACUGGAGUGCUAACCUGUUUGGGGGCUGGUGUGAGGUUUGCUCUUGCCUUUGCUGGACUGAGCAGAACAAUUAUUGACAAAUAUUCACAGCCCAGGACACCUCUAGGGUGGACAGGGAUCCUCUGGGGCAGCGUAUUAAACUUGUGUAGGCACUGGGAUCACCCCAUAAGCCUGUUACAAAUUCUAAUAAAUGUUGCUCAGGUCCCACACCUAGAUAUGCUGAGCCAAUAGAUCUGGGGCAGGGCCCAGGAAUCUGUAUUUUUAUAAACUGGGUAUGUAGUGGCUUGUGGACCUGGAACAAAGGUGGUCUGAGACAGUGGCUCUUAACCUCGGCUAUGUAUUCGCCUCAACUGGGGGGUAUUACGAACGAGAUUGUUCAGGUCCUACCUCAGAUCAGCUGAGUCAGAGCAGUUUGGUGGGAUCUGGGUGACAGUGGUCUUUUAAGCUCUGCAGUGGGUGCUGGUGUACAGAUGAGAGGAGGAAGCACUAACCUAAGGACUGAGGAGAAGCAGGCUAAAGGCAGAACACAGUGGCAGGGUGAGAGGGCGAGAGCCCACCCAGAUGCAAAAGCACAACGAGGAAACUUGCCAGCUCUGGGGCUAGACUCUUGGGAGAGCUGCUUCUCCCCAUCUCAGUCUGACUUGUUUCUCUGAGAUUGAAGGGUUGGGUCUAAGCCACAGGCACUGUCUGGCAGAGGGCAUGUCAGCAGUGAGCGGCAGGGGUACUUGGUCAGGAGAUGCUUUACCAUGCUUUCUGAGUCUUGUGCGCAGUGCUUCCCCUAGGCUUGCCUGAUGAGCCAGAUCUCUCGUUUGUUUUCAUGCGCUUUUGUUUUGGGUUGUUUUGAGUUAGACUGUGCCUCUGUACCUAAGGCCACGUAACAGGGAGCUGGAGCUCAGGUAGUGAGUGAAGCGUGUUGUGGUAGUGAAAAUAGUAGUAACAACAACUUCCACGUUUCUCAGCAGAGGGUGGCACAUUCUCGGGAGUAUCAAGAUCUGGGAGGCUUUUCCAAGGCCAUUUUGGGGUUUGGUCCCUGCUCCAAGCCCUCCGCAUUCCCUUUUUGGUCCCAGGUUGGAUAGGCAGCUGGGAAGCUGCCAGCUGGUUUUAUUUAAUGGUGUUCUCACCAGAUCUUGCUGCUCUGACAAACCAAAGCUGUGAAGAGGCCUUCUGCCUGGGUUGCAGGGCUGGCCUCUGGGUGUGGGCCCUGGGCACUUCUCCUUGGCCAGGCCGGGGUGUUCUGGUACUUCAGGCCCUGGUUAGUGGAGAAGCUGGCUCUGCUGUGAGGAAAUGAGGAGCCUAUUGUGCUGAGAGCUGGGGGAGGCUGGCAAUGCAGAAGGCGGCAGAGGAAGGAGCGGGGCAGGAAAGACAAGCUGUCAUCACGAUGUCUGCUCCUCCUUGUCCCAGAGGGAACGGCGAGGAGGGGCACAUUCAGAGGAAGGAUGGUCUCCUACCACCAAGAGCGCUCAGAACUCUGCUUACCCUGUGUGUGUCCACAUCCAAGCCAGGCAGAGGAGCUGUGGCUUCCCAAUCUUGUCUUCAAUCUGCCAAGUGUUAGCCCUCUUUAAAUCUAUAUCUUUCUGAGUUAAAACGGAAGGUGGCGCUGUGAGUGUGUGCCGCCAUGUGUGCUGCCAUGCCCCUGGGCAUGAGGCUAUGGAGAAGCCAAGAACUAGGAUGUCAUCUUGUCCCUGUGUUGUCUCGGGACUCCAUAAGAUGCUGGCGGCCCUGACGGAAGACCUCAGGCUGUGGCCACUGGCCUUCCUGCCACUGGGGUCCAGUCCCCUCAAUAAACUAUUCCUUGAGUCUUGAUUCUUCUUUCUUUUCUGUCCUUUUGCUCCCUCCCUUCUGCCAGGCGUGGAAAAGGUGGCUGGGCACCGAGUGCCCCUCCAUCCACGGUAGCAUUAGCUGAGUCGCUCGCCAGCACAACAGAUCUGUAGCAGCUCAUCUGCCAUAUAAACCGCUUGGCUGACGGAGUCCUCACUGAGUCGUUUCAUUACCAUGUAAAGUGGAAUAAUGUCGUUCACCUUUACUAUAAACAAGGCUGUGAGAACAUAAUAAACAGAACCUGAACA